GAGAAACCGGGUUUGAUCAUGUCCAUGUCCAGUGCAGAGCGGAUGGAAGAGACACUUGCCUAGUAAUAAUCGAUUAGUUUAAAACUAGCUUUAUGUGCGGACAACAAGACAGUUCCAUUCCAAACCAUCAUUACGGACUUGUAUUAUGUUUAUUAUGUCCAUGUCCUAUGUUCAUCUAAUUUACAUAAAGUUUUGAUUUUUUGGGCCCCAGAGCAAGAAAGCACCACUCUUCUUUUUUAUUUGUAUAUCGUCGUCGUGAUAUUUAAUUACAUGCCCACUUGAAUCUCAACGGCUUUCUCUUCUCUGCUCUGAUAUCAAUGUCUCUAUGAUCAUCAACCGCACAGUACUAAAGAAGCAUUACAUCAACGGCCAACCACCCGCCCACAACUAAACCCUGGUCAAAAUUAUUUCAAUUCGGGAAGCUCCUCCCAUUGUCAAAGAACUCCCUCCAGCGCAGCACCGCACAACACCUGCAAUUUAAGCACACAAACGCGAAAGCUUAUAGUUCACUUAUCUCAACCCCCCUCUGUCAGUCGAGUGUUUAUUUCCAGAUUGAAAGUUAAAACUGCAAAAUGUCUUCUCCAUCAUCCGGCGGAAGUGUGGGAAAGAGAAAGCGUACUGCUCCUGCUUCAUCCAAAAAACCCUCAACACUCGAUCAAUUACAAAAUUCAUCGAGAGAUGCAUCUGGUGAAGAUGGCGAAUCCACAGCUCCAGAGACCAGAGAAACACGUAGCUCAAGCCACAAAAAAACUAUCUCCAUGGACUCUCAAAACCCACCCGCGAAACGUCUUCGAUCAUCUACACACGAGAAAGUAGCAGUUAAUGGAUCUGACAACGCGCGAGAUCCAGGUGAGCCAUCGGAUACAACUGAAGGCAGUACAGACAUUGCGAACAGAGUUGGAAAGAAGGGAAGAAAAAGCAUUUCCAAAGGAGAGGAAGAUGUGCCAGAACAAGAGGGAGAGAAAGAGACCGCACAAUCAAUGGCUCCACCACCAAUUGGAAAAUUGACGGAUCCAGUUGGAUACAAAACAAACCCGCCACCUGCUGAUAGACCAGUUCGUGUUUAUGCGGAUGGUGUGUUUGAUCUAUUUCAUCUUGGACAUAUGCGACAGCUUGAACAAGCGAAGAAAGCAUUCCCAGAUGUUUAUUUGUUGGUCGGAGUUACAGGAGACGCGGAAACACACAAGAGAAAAGGACUUACAGUUCUAUCUGGGCAAGAGCGAGCCGAGACUGUAAGACAUUGCAAAUGGGUCGAUGAGGUUGUUGAGAACUGCCCAUGGAUUGUUACUCCAGAAUUUCUAGCAGAGAAAAGGAUUGAUUACGUUGCGCAUGAUGAUCUUCCAUAUGGAGCUGAUGAGGGAGAUGAUAUUUACAAACCGAUCAAGGAACAAGGAAAAUUCUUGGUUACACAGAGAACCGAGGGUGUUAGCACGACCGGUAUCAUCACAAAGAUUGUUCGAGACUAUGAGAAAUAUAUUGCACGUCAAUUCAAGCGGGGCACAACAAGACAGGAACUUAACGUAUCAUGGCUCAAGAAGAAUGAACUCGAUCUAAAGCGUCAUGUUGCAGAGAUGAGAGAAGCUAUUCGAACAAAUUGGAGUACUACUGGUCAGGAAUUGGGCAAAGAAUUGAAACAAUUCUGGCAAUCCAGUCGUCCUGGUAGCCCCGCACGCAUGCACAGUUUCGACGGGAAUAGUACUGGAUCCCUCACAAGCCCAUCUGCUCUACAACAUCUUACACGCCGUUUGGAAAUCCCAAGAAAUGAUAGCCCAGGUCCGGGCAGCGAUUUUGCAACAGGAUAUAGUUUAGGUCUUAUUGGUGGUGUACGAUCAUGGAUGACUCGAAGUCGUCAAACCAAUCGUGAUAGCUUACAAGGAAGUGAAAGCAGUGAAGAGGAAAGUGAUGAGAGACUUUCACCACGUGGUAGAAACGAAAAGGAAAAUUUCAAACGUGAUGAAAAUGAAGUUGAUGAAGAACAAGUCGAUGCACAAAUUGAUGCGGCUAUGGCGGAAAAUGCUAAGAAAUCUGGCCAAUAAAUGUGGAUUGGCUUCUGGAAUGACGCAGGGUAUACAGGACUUCAAUUGAAAAGUCUUUCAGUUUGUUUUGUGUGAUCGAUUUUUUACCUUGUUAGUACAUACUUUAUUGUGUUGUUAUGCUACAUACAUACAUACCUACGUGAGGGUAUUCGGCAAGUUGUGUGGGAUAGUCAGGAAGAGAAUCAAGCAUUGGAGUCCGAGCAAAUACCUAGAGAUCGUGGUUGUAUCACUUUCGGAGAGUAGGGCGAGCCUUUCAAGCAGAGUGGUACGGUUGUUGGUAUUUUGGUAGUAAUAUCUAAAUGCACAGGUAUGAUGUCCAGGAAGCGCGGAAGGAUGUUGUUGUAUACCUACCACCUAGGUAUAUUCGACCAGAAGAAAUAUGGUCCGAAGCUCAGUCUUUAUGUUUGCUUUCACUUACUUUGUAUUUUUAUCAUUAUUUUGCUAGAGUUAAUGGAAAAGAAAUGGGUUUAAUGGAAAAUGAUGGUGGAACUGCAAUGGUUUGGACUUUUGGAUAGACAAAAAUUUAAGAUAUUAACGUUGAUUUACA